AUGAAUAAGACAUUUAAUGAAAAUAAUAUACGUAGUUCAGAUGCUAUGACUAUUUGUUUAAAUACAUAUUUAAAUAAUAAUUAUAAGAAAUUGAUUACAACAGAACAAUUAAAUAAAAUGACAACAAUAUUCAAUCAUUCACCGUUAGAAAAUCAUUCUAUUAAUAAGAGACACAUAUGUGAUAAAGCUUAUGAACAUAAAACUUAUGGUACAAUAGAUUUGGAUAGUGUCAUGAAAAUAUUUCAAGAGCAAUACUUUAAUCAAUUUACAAAUAACAAUACUUGGAUAUUAUCAAUAAUAAAUGAAAUGAAAAAUAAUUCAGUUGAUAAUCAUCAAUUAGAAACUUGUCAAAAUAUAUUGAAUCAUAUAAGUUUAGAACAAGUUCAAACAGAACAUUAUAAUUAUCAAGUAAAGAAUAAUAUUGAGAGUGAUGGAUAUGUUGGAGGAAAUAAGAUUGUUUCUGAUAAAUUGUGUAAUGAAAAGAUUAAUGUUUCCAUAUCUGGAACUCAAUCAAACAUUUAUGUAAAUGACAUAGAUGAUAGUGAUAAUCAGUAUGAUAAUGAUGAUGAGGUGGAGGAUACCGAUGACGAUGAUGAUGAUGAAGAGGAGGAUGGGAAUGAUAGUAAUGAAAAUGACAGUAAUAAACGCCAACGGCGAACACGAACUAAUUUUUCAGGACAACAGUUGACUGAAUUGGAAUUAGUCUUCCGUGUUAGUCAUUAUCCAAGUAUGAUUGUGCGAGAAGAGUUGGCACAACGUUUAGGUUUACCAGAAUCCCGUAUUCAAGUUUGGUUUCAAAAUAGAAGGGCCAAAUGGCGCAAAAGAGAACAUACACGGAAAGGACCUGGAAGGCCAGCUCAUAAUGCUCAACUUCUUACAUGUUCAGGUGAACCAAUCGAUCCAAAUGAAUUGCUUAAACGGGAAGCAAGUCGCCUGGAAACAAGAAGACGAAAAAUGAUGGAGAAACGAAUACAGUCUCUAAAAAAAAAACAAACGGUAAUUAGACAAAAUCACACCUCUAAACUUGUUUCGUCUAGAACAGCGCAGAAAAAUCCCAAAUCCCUAAAUUUUCAACACAAUGAUUGCGAAAAUCCCGUCUCAAAUAAUAAGCUACAAUUGAAUUUGACACCAUCCACAAAACAUAUCGAAGAAUUCAAGCAAAAUCUAAUAUUUCCGAACAUCACUACUUCAGAAAAUUGCUUGAAUUUAUCUUCUGAAUUUCAGUCCCUUUACAGACAGUCCAAUAUAAGAUCUAAUAAUAGUAUCCCUGUACAUCCUCAUUCAGUUUGGUCUAACAUACAAUCUAACUAUUCAACAGCAGAUGUUAACUUGUGGAACAGUCAACUACAAACUGAUAAUUCGACUACCAAUCACUGUGCAAAUUUUCCAAGACAAUCUCUUUUUCAGCAAAAUGUUAAUAAAAUCCACAAAACCCAAAACAAAACCUUAAACAGUUGUUUUAAUAAUACUACUACUAAUAAUAAUAACAUAAAUUUAAGUAAAUCUACUGAUUCACCAUUCAGUAUUGAAUGUAUUUUAUCAUCAACAUCAUCACUAUCCCAUUAAAAAAAGAAACAUCACAGUGGUUAAAUACAUAUAAGCAGUAACUGUAUGAAUAUUAUCAAUUAAUUUGUUUGUACUUACUUACUUAUCCUUAUUACUCCUAAUGGAGUAUAGGCCGCCAACCAGCAUUCUCCA